AUGAAAUUUUACUCUUGUCAAUUUCUUGUCAAACAAAAAGACUUUGUUCAUGGCGCCCAGGCUUAUCCGCAGAGUCUUCUUUUCGUCCAAUCUUUUUGGGAGCUGUGUGAAUACUACUUUACCACUGCCUCCUGGAUAUCGCCGAUGGAAAUUUGUAUUACGUGGAUGAAUCGUCCUCAAAAUUUAUCUGUUGUUUCAAUAUGUAAAAGUCCUCUAUGGAAAUGCAAUGAAAUUCAAAAAGUAGUUGGUGAAACUCAUGGGUGGGUGGAUACUCCGCCAGAAUCUCCUAUAUUUUCAAUAAAUGGUAGUAGUUAUAUUGCUAUAUCGCCAGUCAGAGAUGGCCCAGCAGGUUUCUACAAACAUAUAGUAUGGGUCAAUGUCUUGAAUCAGAAAAUCGUACCACUCACUCAUGGAAAAUUUGAAGUAACAAGAAUACUCGCAUGGGACCAAAUAAAUAAUACAAUAUAUUUUAUGGCGAUUCCUUCUAACAACCCAUCACAACGUCACUUGUACUGUGUAAGCUCCCUUAUACCGAGAAUUGGCAAUUCAAUGCAUGCAGCCGUAUGCCUAAGCUGUAGAUCUAUGAAUCAGAGAACCAAUCAUAUAUUUAUGGAUUUUAUAUCUGCACGAUCUACUGUUACUGAACGUGCAGCGCACGCUAAAUACAUUGAUGUACUUAUUGGGGAAGAGAAACACAAAGACGAUGUCUCUGUUCCAGUUAUACCAGCAAAGACUCUCAACGAGUCCCGAAGAAAAGGUGAAAGAUCUAAACUACCGAAAACGCUGGAAACUUGUCAGUAUUUUAAUGCCAUCUUUUCGCCAAAUCUGGAUUACUUCGUACUAGAAUGUCUUGGUCCUGGAAUCCCAACUGUAGCACUUUAUAAGACUGAAACCCCAAUGCCACGUUUCCUUACUUUACUGCAAAACAAUACACUUCUUAAGGAACGAAUAUCGCACCUAGCACUUCCUCAAAUCAAAACGUUUCCAGUUCAGAUAAGCGGAGGUUACAAUGCACAAGUAAGGCUAUACUUACCGCCUGGGUUACGAGAGGAUGAAAUUACGCGUUAUCCAUUGGUUGUCCAAGUUUAUGGUGCACCAGGUUCUCAGCUAGUUACAGAUGUGUUCAAAAUUGAUUGGAAUGUAUAUUUGUCUAGCAGAAAAAACAUAAUCAUCGCUCAAAUAGAUGGCCGUGGUAGUGGUGGACAAGGUUAUCAGUUAUUACAUGAAGUCUAUAAAAGACUUGGUACAGUUGAAAUCACAGAUCAAUUAGAAGUUACAGAAUAUUUACGUGAUUCAUUGCAUUUUGUGGACAAACGACGCGUUGCAGUAUGGGGGUGGAGCUAUGGCGGAUUUGUUGCAGCCCAUGUACUUGCACAUGCAGAUCAAGAUGUUUUUCAUUGUGGAAUAAGUGUAGCGCCUAUAGUAUCAUGGAAACUUUACGAUUCAGCAUAUGCUGAAAGAUAUAUGGGAUCGCCAAACUUUACUGCUAACUACCAAGGUUAUGUAGAAGCUGAUCUUAGUAAUAAAGUCGAACAUUUACGUAACAGGAUGUUUUAUCUUAUACAUGGCACUGCAGAUGAUAAUGUUCAAUUUCAACAAUCAAUGGUUCUAGUACGAAGUAUGGCAAAAAAAGGCAUUUUGUUUCGCCAACAGGUAUAUCCAGAUGUAAGUCAUAGUCUGGCUGGUGUGAAAGAGCAUCUCUAUUUAUCAAUGGCUCAAUUUUUAGAUGAUUGCUUUUUAAAACAAGUACCUGUUGACUCAAAAGCUGGCUUAAGCAGCGGUGGUUCCACAGCAUAACAAAAUGUGAUAAAUUACAUUUGAUUUAUUACAAUAGAACUACACCUGGAAUCAUAUUCACACAUAUUAAAAUCAAUGUUACUUAUCUAUUGAAUACUUCCAAUGUAUCAUUCAUAGAUUUCAAAUAACGCAAUUUACUGAUUCAUGCAAAAUUAUUCUAUUAAAGCCUGUUUUUCCGUAUUUAUAUGCACCCAACAAUAAAGUAACUUUGAAUAAUGAGACAGCCUGCCAAUAAGUUAAUUUUAUUGUUGCGUGUACUAUUUGGCUAUGAAUCUGUAAAUAACUAUAAAAAUAACUGUUACAAUUAUUAUUAAAUGUUUAUUACCAACGUA